AUGCAACGAACACUUGCGGUGUUAUCACGAUCUGCGUGGAAAGGUCCAUUUUUUGUAAGGUUUCCCGAAUUUCGCCAAGCUCAAACUACUGGACAACCCAUAAAAACCACAGCUCGCUCAUGUACAAUAUUACCAAUAUUUGUAGGAUUGAAAUUUUUAGUACAUAAUGGCAAAGAUUAUAUACCAGUUACGAUCACUGAAGAAAUGGUUGGACAUAAACUGGAUCCGUGCAUAAAUAAAACUUUUAUUGUCGUCGGAUGUGAGGCGACUUCAAGUUUGUUGGAAAUGCUAGCAAUGAAAAGAUGUCCGGAAAUUAUCGGUAACGGUGGUCUGUGCAGAAUUCGGAAAUGGUUGGUAGGCAAAGAAUUCACGCAAAAUUCAGUUUUAACUUGCGGUAAACUAUUAGCGGCGGGGAUGUGGAAUAUUGUGGCAAUCAAAAAUCUCGAUAAUGAUUAUCGUUCAAAACUUCAUUAUCACGAAAAUCCCAAUUCUUUUUUCAAACCACGACCUCCUUAUUUGAAGAGUUUAUCCGAAUUAUCCCAAUGGAAACCUGAACAUGAUGAAUUUAACGUUGCAAAGGUUGAUUUACGAGAGAGGCCUACUUUCAGAAAUGAUGCCUCACAGGAAAAGAAAGAUAAAAGAGAUUGUCAAGUGGUAGCCUGUCAUGAUAUGGCUGGUGGUUAUGUUGAGAACUUCUUCAAAAUCGGAUAUAGCAUUCAGUACUGGCAAUACAUAGAUAUUUUUAUCUAUUUUUCUCACCACCGAGUUACAAUACCACCUCCACAAUGGACUAAUGCUGCCCACCGAAAUGGUGUUAAAGUUCUAGGAACUUUUAUUACUGAGUGGGCCAGAGAUAUGCUGGAAAAUGAAUUGUGGGUACGAGGUCCGCACACACAAACACCGCUUGAUGAUUCCGAAAACGUUGAUCGAAGAAUUGUUAGUACUGUGUUUGCAGAUAAAUUGGUUUCAAUGGCUAUGUAUUAUAAUUUUGAUGGUUGGUUCAUCAAUAUCGAAUCUCCUUUGAUUGGUGGUUCUCUCCACGCUCUUCAAGUUAUCACUUUUAUGAGCUACCUUACUCAACAAAUGCAUAAACAUAAACCUGGAUCUGUUGUUCUUUGGUAUGAUUCUAUCACUAAAGAAGGAACACUUGCGUGGCAAGACCAUUUGAAUGAUUUGAAUUAUCCUUUUUUUGAUGUAACCGAUGGUAUUUUUAUUAACUACACUUGGUCUGAAGAAUAUCCAGAAUUAUCAGCACAAAAGGCUGGUUCUCGAAGGCGUAAUGUCUACACUGGUAUUGAUAUUUGGGGCCGUAAUACUUAUGGUGAUGGCGGAUUUAAUACCUAUAAGGCACUUAAAGUUAUUCAAAAGGCCAAAACAUCUUGUGCUUUAUUUGCACCAGCCUGGACAUAUGAACAUUUAGGAAAAGAUGCUUUCUGGGAAAACGAUAAAAAAUUUUGGAUUGGCAAUGCAGACAAAUACGAGGAUGCAGAAACAGAACGAACUUCGGAAGAUGAAGGACUUGCUGUUGCACAUUACAUCGUGCCAAGAUACUCACCAGGAAUUUAUAAUUUUUAUACAAAUUUUGACCGUGGUUGUGGGCACAGGUUCUUUAUUAAGGGAUUGCAAGAAUGGGCACAUCUUAGUCAUCAAUCCGUUCAACCUUUUCCGACAAAGCGUAUUUCCGAAGUAUCAUCAAAUAAUGCAUCAGAAAUGACUAUUAAUAAAUCCCAUGACAUUGCAUGGAACUUAACCUUUGAUAAAGCAUAUAAUGGUGGUACUUCUGUAGUUGUAUACACUACUACUGUAAAUGAUAAAGCAAGAGCAAGAAUUUACAUGUUACCACUUUAUGACUUGAAUGUUACCAUCUCUCCACACGGGUACACAAGAGCAAGGGUUACUUAUUUGCCAGAACAUCGUGGAAUAGUUGUAGGAUUGUAUUUAAAAGUAGGAUUUAAUCGAAAACUUAGUGAUGGCAGAAAAAUCUCCUUUAACCAGGACGCAAAACCUACAAGGAAGGAUUCAGAGGAUCAGAAAAUAUCAUUCAUUACUUUGAACAACGAAAGUUAUGUUGAUGAUAGAUUUACCCAUGAAUCCGAAAAUCCAAGCAUUCCAUUACAGAAAUUCAAGACAACUACUGUGUCAAUGAGUCAUAAUUGGAUAACUGUAGAAGUUUUAAUACCACCUAAUACAUUCUCGAUAUCUCCAACUAGCUCGGCAUUUGAUUUAGUAGUGCAAGAAUUGGGUGUUUCUAUAAGUCAUCCACCACAUUUUGGAAAAUUUGACAUAACUCAAUCGUCAAAUAUAUCUACCUUGGUUCAUAUUGGUAAAUUAUCUGUUAGUUCAACAACAUUACCAUCGCAUUUACCUGAGCCAGAAGUGCAAAAUGUAUUUUGGCGGGAUAAUACUUUAUUUAUUGAACAUCUGAGUCAUCGAGGUAUGUUACGAAUAUCAGGUAUUAUAGAAUGGGAGAUGGGUGUAAAAGUUGUUGGGAAUGCCAGUGAGGAUCGUCAUAUCACACAUGACAACACCACAGAUAUCGAAAUCUCAAACUCUUUUGGAUAUUACUACGUAUAUGCAGAAGUUGACUCAGCAUCACAAAGUGGAAAGCCUUCACUUGAAGAGUUGACAUUUUUAGGGGUAGCCGAU